AUGGGUAAUCUACAUACGGAGCUAUUUGAACAGGUAAACCAUCAAAUAGAAGAAGCUUUUGAGAAGCUUAGAAAGGAAGACCAAGAUACAAUCCAGAAACUAAGAGAAGAAAAUAGUGCAUUGAAAGCAGCCUUGCGACUACGAGAGGAGGAAUUAGCGACACUAAGAUCACAUGGAGGGGCAACAGAAGCAAGAUCCAGCGACUUUGCAUCGCCAACAGAGGGCCCAAGCGUGUCUCUAUUCACUAAAUCAUCACAGAAAGUGCAUAGUGUUAGUGCUAAGGACGAGACCUCGAACAUUGCUCCAGUUGACAACAUUUAUUUACUUCCAACUCAGUACAGUGAUACCGACGAAGAAGGCAGCGUUUUCAACAAGACUUCGUCUCCCCUCAAGGUUAAUUAUAGUCUGCGAAGAGGAUCUGUCAGUGGCAGCACAUCCUCAAAGUCAAUCAUUGUCGGCUACAAGAAGGAGACGUUGCAACCUAAGAGCCAAUUGACUCUGAUGAAGAGCGGAAGUUCUCCAAGUGGUUCACCACCUCGCAAAAUAGCAUGCCUCAAGAGUACAGAACUAAAGGAAGAUGAAGAUGCUGAUGAAAACACUCCACCUACAUCACAAGGAAAUAUAGGAACUGAGAAUGAUGUUGAAGUUGAACAGAUUGCCGAUUCUCAGGAGGAAGAAGACAAGCUCAUCAGUCAAACAAUUGUUCCUGUCACACCAUCACCCCCACCCAUUGAAGUGCCGAAAAACUUAACCAUAAUCCAGACUAGACAAUUUCUCACCCGUUAUUACACCAAUAUGCUCAAAACUAAUCCCAAUUUCAAGAUCAACUUGUAUCAACAUCCAAUAAAACAAAUAUCGUGGGACUUUAGUGACUUUGUUGCCAACAAAAACUACAAGCCCGACAAUUUCACCCAAUUCAUUAAAAGAAACUCGAUAAUGGAUACUAAAAAGUUUAAUCAAUAUAAACAAUUUUACAAAUAUGAUCAUAAUGGACAAGAAUUCGAAGAUAAACUACUGCAGAUAUUUGAUAAAUUUGAAUCACCACCAGGGUUUAUGCAACUGGAUUUUCCAAGUACGCAAGAGUUGGACGAGAGAAGACGAACUGUACAAGAACGGCAACUGAAUCGAGUGGCUCGGAGAAUAGCUAGUUGCGUAUCGGUAGAAAAUAGGGUUCAAAUUGGUGAGUUUGUAUUUGGACUUGAUAUUUUGAAUCAAUACGUCAUUCAAGGACGGUGGUAUAGUAAUUGUGGCUAG